AUGAGGCAGCAGUCGAUCCUUCAGUUAAUCCUCGUGGCUUGCCUGAGUCCUGGCUGGGAGUGCUUCGAGUUGCAGUUUCUUCGGCAACUUAAAAGCGAGCUGAACUUUGAGUUUGUACUGCUGCUCGGAAAUUCGGAACCCAUUUGGCUAAAGAGCCUAUGGCAGCUGCCGGUGUCCGUCAUUCAGAUGGAUGAGAAGAUCCCCCACGUGAACUAUAAUCUGAGUCAACAUCAUUCGAAGAACUUCCUGAGCAUUGGUUUUGUGAAAGAUUUCCCCGAUCGAUUGCUUGAGGUUGUCCACUUAAAUCUGAGAAUGCUGAACACCGUGCCGAUUCUUUUCGUGAUGAGAAAGCGGAGGAUGCGAGUGCAACCGCUGCUGGAAUGGUUCUGGCUGCAUGAUUUUCUCAAUGUCUUGGUCAUUUAUGAGGAUUUCAAGGAAUCUUCCCAAACCAUCUACAGCUACACGCCAUUCCCCAUUUUGCAGUUCAUUGAGAGACGCCUCGAGAAUACCACCAUGCUAUUCCCUCCUCGAAUGUCAGAUCUACAGGGCUAUCGACUGCCGAUUGCGGUGGGCGGGUCAUCACCGCGUCUAAUCGUGUACCGAGGGACCAAUGGAGAACUCAUAUACUCCGGGCUGGUCGGUAAUCUGAUGAAGAGCAUCGAGCAGCGGUUCAACUGCCGUCUAGUGCAGCCGCAUCCGUUGAAUGAGUCCGCCAUUCCGCCGGCUCUGCAACUGAUUGGGGCAGUGCGUAACGGAAGCGCAGAGUUCGCUCUGGCGGCCGUCUAUCCCCAGGGGCCCUUCGUCGGCUUAACGUAUCCUUUCGAGCUGAUGAGCUGGUGCCUGAUGAUGCCUGUACCGGAGGAGAUUCCACGCAGCGAGCUGUACACCAUGGUAUUUCAUUGGCCGGCAUUUCUACUCAUUCUCCUGGCUCUAGUGGCCAUUUCUCUGAUUUUGGGCCUGUCCCUGAGGCUCCAUGGAUAUCGGGUGCAGCCGACUGAGUUUUUCCUGCACAAUAGUUGCCUGAGGGGACUGCUGGGACAGUCCUUUAUCGAGGUCUUUCGAGCUCCCCCUCUGGUUCGCGGUAUUUACCUGGAGAUAUGCGUGCUGGGUAUUCUGAUCACCACCUGGUACAACUCCUACUUCUCCACUUACGUGACGAGUGCCCCGCGGCGACCUCCAUUUACCAGCUACGAAAGCAUUGCACGUUCCCAAACAAAGAUAGUGGUAUGGACCUCCGAAUACCGUAUACUUUUGAAGUACUUCAGCAGCAUCGAGGAGUAUGAGUCCAUGUUCCAAUUCGAGCCGGACUACAAUAAGUUUUUAGAGUUGCGCGAGUCCUUUAAUACGCAAUAUGGCUAUAUGCUGCCGCUGGAGAAGUGGCUGCUGAUCAGUGAGGAGCAGAAAAUCUUCAGUACGCCACUCUUCACAAUGCGGGAGGAUCUCUGCUUCUUUCACGCCAUUCCCAUUGUCUUUCCGAUCAAGGAAAAUAGCAUCUUCCGGGAGGCCCUGGACCGCCUCAUACAGGAGGUGCUGGCAACUGGUCUCCUCAAUCGCUGGCGGGACAUGGCCUUCACGGACAUGAUCAAGGCGGGUCAGUUGAGUCUUGUCGAUCGAGGCAAGCCCAAGGACUUUCAAGCCAUGCAACUGAUGGACUUGCAACACAUUUCGGUAGCCUUUGGCUUGAUGAUGGCUUUGGCAAUUGUAGUGUUUCUUCUGGAGCUGAUGUGGUUCUGGCGUCAUCAAAUAAGGGUGAGACUCGGACAGGUAUGGUAAAUAUGGUAUAGAAUCUAGUGUACGACGGAAUCGAUUUUCGAUUUAACUGCACUCAGAGAAA